AGACUUGCCUCUUAUACCUUAUACACGCCGCCACCCUCGUCGUGCCACAAGGACACUCUCACUUAUGCCGAAUCUCCGUCGAAGCCCGUCCUAUUCAUUCAACCCUUCCAAAACACGAGGCAUGCUGUCUCAAUAGCAUUUUUAUUUUAUUAAUUCUCCCAUAAAUCCCCAAUCGCCCCAUAUCCACGGCCCUUUUUCGUCCUGAGUCUGCUCGUCCCCUAGUGUAGACAUCCUCGAGGCCGCACUUUGCCCCACUCCGCCCUACAACCAAGCAUUUGUCCCUAUCCAUACCUACUUCAGUGCAUUUCAACAACAGAAACCAUGUGCGAUUUCACCAAAAACUACUACAUCUACACAUCCUGUGUGGAUCCUGGGACUCACUUCUGCAAGACCUCCACCGAUGGAAACCGAAAGCAAUCCUGCCCGAAAGGCCCCCAUGAGCGCUACAUCGUGAUUCCUGAGAGCUGCCCGUUGUGCUGUGGCUGAGCUAGGCUCGGGAAUUUU